UGGUCUCUAGUGCACGGAGCUCGCCAUGCUUUCUGUCACGUGACGCAGGUUUCAUCCUGUGUGGUGGGUGGUCUGCGCAUGCACUGAGCGGUGUUCCCACCGCUGUGUUCCUCCAGCAGCAGCAGUGCAAUGGCUGAGGCGCAGAGCGCGCUGUGGGGGUUGGUGGAGGACUUCGUCUCUGGGCAGCAGGACAGCAAGGCUGCUGAAGUGUCAGGAGGUGUGAAGGAUGGGGCGUUCACAGUGUUACAGGUGGUUGAGGCACUUGGGUCGUGCCUGGCAAACCCUGAACCUAGGACGAGGGGGCGAGGGGUGCAGCUCCUGUCGCAGGUUUUGCUUCCGUGCUAUUCCAGACUGAGAGAAAAAGAAGUGGUGGUCCUGGUUGAGUUCUAUGAAAACCUGCUGAAGGAUCACCAUGUCAUUACACCGUAUGUCCUUCAGGGGCUCAAGGCUCUGAGCAUGUCUGAGGUUCUCCCGCCCGGCCUGGCAGUGUCUGUGCUGAAAUCCAUAUUCCAAGAAGUUCAUGUGCAGUCUUUAAUGAUGCUAGAUCGUCAUACCGUCUAUAUGAUCAUCACUAAUUUUAUGAGAAUCCGUGAAGAAGAGCUAAAGGGACUCGGAGCGGAUUUCACAUUUGGUUUUAUUCAAGUCAUGGAUGGGGAAAAGGACCCUCGUAACUUGCUGGUGGCCUUCCAUAUCGUUCAGGAUAUUAUUACAAAGAACUAUGCUCUUGGACCAUUUGUGGAGGAGUUAUUUGAAGUGACGUCUUGCUACUUCCCCAUCGAUUUCACCCCUCCACCCAAUGAUCCGCAUGGGAUCACCAGAGAAGACUUGAUACUGGGCCUUCGAGCCGUACUGGCUUCUACCCCUCGUUUUGCUGAGUUCCUGCUUCCGCUGCUGAUUGAGAAAAUGGAUUCCGAUGUACAAAGUGCCAAACUGGACUCAUUGCAAACCUUGAGUGCCGCAUGUGCAGUAUAUGAACAGAAGGAGCUGAAGGAGUUCCUGCAGGGCCUCUGGUCUUCUCUCCGCAGAGAGGCGUUCCAGACAGCAAGCGAGAAGAUUGAAGCUGAAGGCCUGGCUGCCCUCCGGGCUCUCUCGGCCUCUCUGUCCCGCUCCGUCUUAGGUCCGGACUCUGAGGAUUUACUGGACACCUUUCUAAACAAUAUUUUGCAAGACUGCAAACAUCACCUGUGCGAGCCGGAUAUGAAAUUAGUGUGGCCCAGCGCUAAACUGCUGCAGGCUGCCGCUGGUGCCUCCCCCAGGGCGUGUCUGAAGGUGACCGCCAGCGUCCUCCCGCUGUUGCUGGAGCAGUACAACCAGCACACGCAGAGCAGCCAUCGUAGGACAAUCCUAGAGAUGACCUUAGGGUUCCUGAAGCUGCAGAGCCGCUGGCUGCAGGAAGAAGAUGCAAACGGCCUGGGUAGCUUCCGGGAAGCCCUGUGCAGUAUGGUGUUCUCAGCAAUAACCGAUCCCAGUGCACAGCUCCACCUAGUGGCGGUGAAGGCUAUGACCGUGCUGGGCACACUCCAAGGUUUCUUGUCGUCAGAUGACAUUGGUCUAGUUGCUGAUCACCUGACUCGGCUCAUCCUAGAGGAAGCGGAUUCCCAAAGCUGCCAGGCCGCAGUCGAAGCCUCUGGAACGUUAGCCAGAAUCCACCCCGCUGUGUUUAUUAGUAGGAUGGUGCCUCAGCUCUGUUCAAGGCUACAGACGGAGCCCGUGGAAGGUACUGCCAGCGCCGGGAGUAAUGUCCGAGAAUAUUCCGUACGGCAGCGCUGUCUAGAAGCCUUGGCGGCAGUGUCUACGCAUCACAGUAUUGUUAGAGAAACUGUGCCUAUACUAUUGAACUACAUGAGAAAAGCGCAAAAAGGGGAAACGGGUGCUGACGACGUGGUGGCUGUGUGCCGGAGCCUAUAUCACGUGGCCUUACAGUGCCAGGAGCACAGGAAGUCCCUGUGUUUCUAUCAGCAGACUGUGGUGCCCGCUCUGCUGUCCCUGACUGUGCAGGCUGCCACACAAGACAGGGGGACACUAGCAGAAAAUCACGUCCUUCUUAAUGAGCAUGUUCUUACUGCCAUGGUACCAGUAAUCAGCGCGGCCACCACUCAUCUCAGCCCGGAGUUGGCAUCUUCCAGUGUCUCCCAGAUUGUAGACUUGUUUCUGGAUGGGGACAUUUCCAUCCUUUCUGAAAACAGUCUCUCUUGCAAGUUCCACCCGUUUCAGGCGGACGGGCCCGCAGCCCCUCAGAGCCGACUUGUUGCACUGCUAAUGGCAUUUGUAUGCUCCCUGCCAAGAAAUGUGGAAAUUCCACAUCUAAGCCGUUUGCUGGAGCAGUUGCUAUCACUGAGCCUGUCCAAAUGUUGCACAUAUGCUUACUCCUCUGCUGCCAAAUGCUUUGCUGGCCUCGUAAAUAAGUGUCCUCCAGGUGACCAGCUGGAUGAUAUUCUGCAGAAGACUGCUCACAGGAUAGAGCUGGGACUUUCAGAUCAGGCCAUAAAGACACAGUCCGUGACACUGCUCAUCUGGGUAACCAAAGCUCUGAUACUGCGGUACCAUCCCAUGAAUGGGCAGCUUACUGACAAGGUGAUCGCAUUGCUGUCUGACCGAGACCUUGGACCUAUGGCUGCAGACUUGUUCUUUCUCCUGGUCUCCGAUUCCCCGGAUUUCCUGAACAAAGCGUGCCACGCCGACAUCCGCAUCAUGUUCCGGCAGAGAUUCUUCACAGAGAAUGUCCCCAAACUGGUGCAAGGUUUCAAUGCUGCUAAAGGAGACGACAAGCCAAAUUACCUAAAAUCUUUGUCUCACGUCCUGAACUGUCUGCCAAAGCAAGUUCUUCUCACAGAGCUUCCAUCGCUGCUAUCUCUGCUUCUCGAGGCCUUAUCCUGCCCUGACCAUGGCGUUCAGCUGUCCACACUGACCUGCCUGGAGCCUUUACUACUGGAUGCUGCCGAAAUCCUGAAUGUCCACAUAGAUACCCUCAUCACAAAGCUCCUGAGCCUGACGUCAAGCCCCAACAUGGCAGUGCGGAUUACAGCCUUGAAGUGUAUGCUGGCCCUAACAAAGCUCCCCGUGCCUAUGCUCCUGCCUUAUAAGCAGCAAGUGAUCCGUGCCUUAGCCAAACCACUGGAUGAUAAGAAGAGAUUUGUUCGGAAAGGGGCGGUGGAGGCACGCUGCCAGUGGUUCCUGAUUGGAAGCGCUGGCAGCUGAGAGUCCAGUAGGAAUUAACUCAUUUUGCACGGAGACAAUCUAACCUGGAUGCCACUAAUUUACUGACCUGUAGAUCGCCAAUGUCACAACGCUAGUGUCAUCCUGAUUAUCCCGCGUGUGCACUCUGUGCCGCGGGGCACAGGCGGAGGACAUGUGAAUCUUUUUUUUUUUUUUUCCCACUGCAUUCCAUAUUUACUUUUAAUUUUAAUAUUAGGCUGCAUUGACCAGCGCGAGUUGGUUGGACUGUAUUGGCACAAGUUUACAGUAGGAGAUGAGCGCGCAUAUCUAGAAGAAGAAACUAGUCUAUAAAAUCUAUAUAUAUAAUGUAUAUUAUAUAGUAAUGUGAUUUAAUGAAUGCCAGCCUUGUGGCCUGGUUUUACGGCGGAACCUCAAGAACAUUUUUUGUUAGUGUGCGCGGCUGGAAAGAAUGUCGCCCUCUUCAGUAGUAACCAGGAACUACAUUGUAAAGUGCAUCGUUCUCCUGCCGUGCCUGAGCGACAUCACUAGAUCCCAGCAUGCCCUGCAACAGUUCUGAUAGCAAAACUGCUGCAGGACAUGCUGGGAUGUGUAGUCCCGCAGCAGCUCCCACAAGGCGGAGGCGACAGGUACAGUGUAAAACAGCAACUUGCUCCUAAAUUGUUUUGCACAUCUAUUUUUGCAAUAUAACACAGAGGUAAUAUUACUGCUGUUACUGGUUCAUACUGGCAAACCAAUUAGAUAAAACAAACUUUACACGUCCGCUCUGGACGAUUUUAACUACUCGCAUCAUUAAUGUUUACAUUAAAGCUAGCUGCUUUGUCAAGUACAA